CAACCCAAGAAUUCGCGUGAAAUAAAUUUUAAAAAAAAACAUAGAACAAUGGCCGGGAAAACGACACAAAUCGCCGCCGGGAUACUCAUGGUCACGAUUCUUAUCCCACAUGUCAUCUCCGACGACACCAUUCAAAUACCCUCAGACAAGGCGCAAUUAAACGGGUGGUUCCAACAAAAUGUGGGGCCAUUUGCUUCGCGAAAAGCCGUGCUGGACCCCGCCCUCGUGGCGGCGGAGGGCCGCGCGAAGACGAUCAGGGUGAAGAAAGACGGCUCCGGGGACUUCAGGACGGUGAUGGACGCCGUCAGGAGCAUUCCCCGCCGGAAUGCUGACCGGGUUAUUGUCUGGAUUGGUGGCGGGAACUACACGGAGAAAAUCAAGAUUGAGAGGACGAAGCCGUUUGUCACGUUCUACGGUGCGCCCAACGAUGCGCCGACGCUGGUGUUUGGCGGCACGGCGGCGCAAUACGGGACCGUGGAUAGCGCUACGUUGAUCGUGGAAUCGGAUUAUUUUUCUGCUGUCAAUUUGGUCAUUGCGAAUUCGGCAUCGAGGCCGGACGGGAAGAGGAAGGGAGCGCAGGCGGCCGCGUUGAGAAUCUCCGGCGAUAAGGCAGCGUUCUAUAAUAGCAGUCUCCACGGAUUUCAAGAUACCAUUUGUGAUGACAAGGGCAGGCAUUUCUUCAAGGAUUGCUACGUUGAAGGAACUAUUGACUUUAUCUUUGGUAGCGGGAAAUCUCUCUAUCUGAACACAGAAUUGCAUGUGAUACCCGGUGACGCGACGGCAAUGAUAACGGCGCAAGCACGGAAAAGCAACACGGAGGAUAACGGCUACUGUUUCGUGCACUGUAAGCUAACCGGCGCCGGACGGAAUGCGUUCUUGGGGAGAGCUUGGAUGCCUUAUGCCAAGGUGGUCUACGCCUACACCGACAUGAGCGACGUUGUUCACCCUCAAGGAUGGUCCAACAACUUCAACUCUGCCAAUGACAAGACGGUUUACGACGCAGAAUACAAGUGCACGGGUCCCGGGUCAAUUUUCACCGAACGGGUCGGGUUCGCCAAACAACUGGGUGAUGCAGAGGCCAGCCGUUUCAUAAACCUUGGCUAUCUAGAGGGUUCCAAGUGGCUUCUUCCUCCUCAUAGUGUUUAACUAAGCAAAAUUUUCACACAUAACCCCAGGCAAAAAUGAUGCCGCGGUGACAUUUUUAGAAUUACGGGUCACCAAUUGAUAGCGGUUGCUUCAAUUUUACGGAAACAACCGCAACGGCCUCAUCAUUCCGCAGCUAUGGGUAUCUUAUACACAUAUA